AAACAGAGGGAUUAUGACAUUUAUUGUAGUUGUAGUUGUUUGGAUGUUUAUCAGUAAUUUGCAGUCAGUUGUAAGCAAGAUAAAUGAACCAGAUUUUGACAGUGGCUGGGUGCUUAUUUCAUCACGAAACAACUGGGCAGAUAGGCUGACACAUGUUAAGAGCUUCAAUCACGGUUUUGAAGAGCUCCCCAUACUUGUCGACGUUCAAGUUAAAGCGAUAGAUGGUCCGAACAAAGACUUUGUGUUCCCAGCAUCAGGGCACAGUCUGCGAGAUGACGAUCGUAAUUAUCCGUUUGGACAAGUUAUCUAUGUUUACGAUAACACAACCAUUUUAGUGUCUCCUCCAAUAAGGAACAAUGGUAAACUUGGCUACUGCAUAUACACAGGAACCUCUCCAUAUUGGGAGGGUCCAGCCGAACAAGCAAGUUUAUCAGCACUUGUACGAGCAAGGGCAUGGAGGUCAUCUUCUCUACCCCGACCAGACUUCAUCCAUAAAGGAACUAAAUUGACGGCAUCAACUGGAAAGCGUGAAGAUUCCUAUCUGUCUGUUCAGCAUGGUCUUUCUGAAUAUCCUGCAUUGGUCGUUUCUAGAAUAAAGUUUCCAGGCGGAAAUUUAUAUCCGAAUUUCUAUGCCGACUCUGUAGGAGCAGGGUCGAUGAUCUACACAAGGUAUGUCGACAAUGAGAGAAAUGGCUAUGUCAUUUAUGGUUUUGAUAAGUCAGCCAUACGCGUGUGGGCUCCAUCACGUUCUUGGGGUUUUUUGUUCAGCGGCGGUGAAGGAGGGGCAGGCAUUGACUAUCAAGUAACGUCUGCUUAUCUGGAGUUGUAUGCAUGGCGUGCGAGAACGUUAACACCGACAGAAACUUUGCAGAAAACUCUUAGUCCUGAGCGUAUUUCUUCAUCUGAUUUGACCAUUGCUUUUCGGCAGACCUAUCAAACCGACAAUAUACUCAUCAAAAGUUGGGUUGAUGCUGUUGAAGGUGUGAACGCUGGAUAUCGUUUCAUUGGUGGAGGAGCACUGGCAUACGAUGCAUACACUGUGUCUGAACCAUGUAGCUAUGGAGGUCUUGUUUACGGCUACUCUAACAAUACUGUGAGACUUUGGAAACCAGGCAAAGCCGCCAACGGGGCUUUGAUUUGUUUACAAACAAAACUUGCAGAGGGCACUAAUGCACAAGCAUCUUCUCGCGGAAAAGCAACUGUCAAUAUUUGGCAAUUAGGUGCCACUAUGCGUGAACCUGAACCAGUGCCAGACCCCCCAGAGAUGGCAAAAUGUGACAAGAAAACAGACCUGGAUGUCAACCAGCUUGUGUGUGAACAGACUUCUGUAAUGAGGGAUUUUACCCAAUCUUUACAAGCCUUAACGCAGUCUGUAAAUGUUUUGAAAGACGUUAUUGUCAAGUUAAAUGAAAAAAAAGUAACUUCUUUGAUUGUAACGGUUAAAGGGGCGGCCAGAGUUGAAUGAGCCACCAUUUUUUGUCGUCAGAUUUAGUUAUUUUAGAAAAUGUCUUCACUAUGAACAUUCUUCGUCAUUUUUUCUCAUUCUGGUGUUUCUUUGUUUCUUACUAACUUCUAGUUGGAAUUAUAUAGUGAGUGAGCGAUAGCAUUUUUUUUCUGCAAAGUGAGGCUAUGUUUCCCUCUUGUAGAUCGUGUGCCACCUGUAUUUGCGUAAUAGAGACAACCUUUAUUUUAAUAUAUGUUAAGUUUGUAACAGAAAUACACAUUUGAGAUACAAAAGUGAAAACUCGUAUUUUAAAUUGGCUAAUAAACCUCCAAUGCUUUAGUUAACGUGCUAGAAAUGAUAAUAAUAACAGAUAUGGUUAUUUUUAUCCUGAUAUAAUUAUGGUAUACAUAGCUGGAAAUGUUAGAAAUUAUUGAUGACACAUGUUCAGCAGAAUAUUGCAGGUCCGCUGGUUGAGCAAAAUUGCAUGGUUUAGGCAGUAUUCUAGCAGUUUGCGUGUACUUAAAGGUCCGUUAUGCCUCAGAAAUGCUUUUAUUUUUAUUUCUAAAAAGUUUUUUUCAUUUAAGUGUACUUUUAACGUAUCCAAAAAGCUACGCAUUGGCAAAUUACCUGAACUAUCUUUAUCUGUUGCUUUUUGGCAAUAUGUGCAGUUAGAAUUAAUGAGUAUUUUUUACGAAGUCAAAGUACUACUUUGAUUACAUUUUGCUGCUUUUAUGACAAAUUAUUUUGCAUUAAUUGCUAUUUUCUUCAGGCACUAAGCGGGUAAAAUUCUCUAAAACCGUUAUUUAAGCAUUAUUAAAAUCACGUUUGCCCUUUCUAAAGAAAAAAAAUUGUUUCUGAGGCAUAAUGUCUUAAUUGAUAUAUAUCAGAAGUUAUAUGAAUAGUGUUAAAUUGGCAUGGCUUUAUACAAAUUGUAUUACAUGUAGGGUUAGUAAAUGUAACAAACUUGCUAAAAACGUGAUGUUAACAAGCUCUAAACCUUUGGCAAAUGGUAUUGUGAUAAAAUUUGUUUUCUGAGGUGUUAUCAUUAAUGCAUUUACAUAUAUUUUAUAUAUUAACAAAAUGAAUAUACGAUAUUCCGCUAUUUUGUAACCUUUUAUUAAGAGAAUGUAAUGUAUUAACUUAGUUACUUUAUGAUAAAGAUAUUUUCAGUUAUACUGGAUAUAUGUGCAGUAUAGAAUAAUUAUAAUUAGGCUUAAAUUUUCAGGAAAGUUAUUUUGCUUCAAUCCAUCUUUCCAUCUCAUAGUCGAUUAUAAAAAAAGUUGUAAUAUAGAAUGUUUCUGUUUUUUAACAUACAUGAAUAUUGAAUAUGAACAGAACAAAAUAGUUUUGGAACAAAGUAUUAGACUUCUAUUUGAUGUAUGGUUUUAAAAUUUUAGCAAUGAUUUCGAGCAUUUCCAUAGAGACUAUACAAACAUAUUUCGUUCAUACAGGUGUUUUUGUAGUAUUCUUUUUCAAAUUUCAAAUAGCAAUUUUUGCAUCAGAUAUACAGCUUUAUACACAUAAAAAUGAAAACAUAUUUGCCUCUUUUUAUAUCGCUACAUUGUAUUUUUGUAGUUCAAUUAAAAGCUUUAUAUAUUAUUUAGAACCACAUAAAUAUUUCUACACAUAUAUUGCCUACGU